AUGAGCGUUCGUCAAACACUUACUUUAACAAGUAAACAUCAAUUAUGGAUCCUAUCUCAAUUUCCGCGUCUUGCUUCGACAAACUCAUGGUGGUCCAAUGUCGAAAUGGGUCCGCCAGAUGCAAUUCUUGGUGUUACAGAAGCCUUUAAACGGGAUACUAAUCCAAAAAAAAUUAAUUUGGGCGUUGGAGCUUAUCGUACCGACGAGGGCAAACCAUUUGUUCUUGAAAGUGUUAAAAAAGCAGAAACACUAAUUGCUAAUGAAAAUCUCGAUAAAGAAUAUGCACCUAUAUCUGGUGUACUCGACUUUUGUCAAGCAAGUGCAAAAUUAGCUUUUGGUGACAAUUCACGAGUUAUCAAAGAUCAACUAUAUGCUACAGUACAAGGUAUCAGUGGAACAGGUUCACUUCGUAUUGGAGCUACAUUUCUCGCGAAAUUUUUUCCUGGAAAUAAAAUUAUCUAUUUACCAAAUCCAUCAUGGGGUAAUCAUACACCAAUUAUGAAACAUGCUGGGCUCGAUGUUAAAUCAUAUCGAUAUUAUGACCCGAAAACUUGUGGUUUUGACUUUAAUGGCGCAAAAGAAGACAUUGAAAAAAUUCCAGAAAAUUCAAUUAUUCUUUUUCAUGCAUGUGCACACAAUCCAACCGGUGUUGAUCCUCGACCUGAACAAUGGAAAGAACUAUCUGCGAUUGUUAAAAAACGUAAAUUAUUUGUCUUUAUGGAUAUGGCUUAUCAAGGUUUUGCUAGUGGAAAUAUUGAUGAAGAUGCAUUCGCAGUUAGAAAAUUUGUUGAAGAUAAACAUAAUCUUAUUUUAGCACAAUCUUAUGCUAAAAAUAUGGGUCUCUAUGGUGAACGUGUCGGUGCAUUCACUGCUGUUUGUGAAGAUAAAGAUGAAGUCGAACGAGUUAUGUCUCAAAUAAAAAUUUUAAUUCGACCCAUGUAUUCAAAUCCACCCGUACAUGGUGCACGUAUUGCAGCUAAAAUUUUAAACCAAGCAGAUCUUCGUUCAAUUUGGUUGAAAGAAGUUAAAUAUAUGGCUGAUCGUAUUAUAACUAUGCGUCAACAAUUAGUUGAUAAUUUAAAAAACAAUGGUUCAAAAAAGAAUUGGCAACAUAUAACAGAUCAAAUUGGUAUGUUUUGCUUUACUGGUCUUAAUCAACAACAGUCUGAACGAUUAAUCAAAGAUUUUUCCGUUUAUUUAACAAAAGAUGGGCGUAUUUCAAUGGCUGGUGUUACAUCGAAAAAUAAUGCAUAUCUAGCCAAUGCAAUGCAUGAAGUCACUAAAUAA